CUUUCGCGUGAUUUCUGCUUGACGAAUCUUUCAAACUUCAGUGACAACUUUUACGAGACUGGUUCGUUGGAUGAAAAGCAAGCAGCUUGGAACGUGUCUCAGACGUUGUCAGUACAGUUCCCCGAGCUUGCUGCUCACGACUUUGGUCUUGAGCUCGGACAGUUCAAGCGUGUUUUGGUGAUCGAUGAAGUGUCCGAUAAGAACAGGAAGGUCCCAGACGCCGCCAAUGCACGAGUUCUGACCUCCAUGCUGAAGAAAUCGCCUAAGCUGUCCGGUGGUUAUGAAAAUGUGCUGAUCACGCAGGGCGGUGAGACGGUCUUCUAUGGCCCCGCGAAGUUCAUCAUUCGGCUCUUCCAAGAGUUUGGAAGCAAACCUGAAAUCUGUUCCUAA